AUGAGAUUGUCACACAAACUCUUUAACCUUAUUUGGCGAGACCUUUUGUCAAUAUUAAUGAUCCAAGAAAUCGCAUUUUCAAAAACAUUGUUUUCAAAAAACGUAACAUCGAAUCCUAUAUACGUCUCUGAAACCAUAGAUAAGGCUCCAUUAACGAAGAUUCCACAGAUUGCCUUUGUUGGUUACUCAAACGUUGGAAAGUCGAGCCUAAUUAACUCUAUUCUUUACGGAGCUGAUAUUCCCCUCUUUGCAAGAAACAUAGUUUCUAACUCUAAAAUGCUGAAGAACCCCAAAUUUGCACCUGGGAGAACAAGACAUUUGUUUACAUUUGACCUGGGGAACAAUAUUUCCCUUGUGGAUCUGCCUGGAUAUGGAUGUGCCAAAGUUUCAGAUGUAAGUCUAUUGAUUAAUAAGAGUGGUAGGAAGUUAGAAAUGAGUGGUCUCUGCUUCUUGUAUCGUAUUUUCUCGCUGGUUGAUUCAAUAAAGGGGCCCGUAAAGGAAGAUUUUAAGCUUUGGAGCAUGUUGAACGAAAUGGAAAUACCCUUUCAGGUAGUACUCACUAAAUGUGACCGUUUGAAGACUACGAAAUUUUCGACCAAUACGUAUACGCCACUUCUGCAACCAGACUUUUGGGAAUAA